ACAAGAAAUUCAAUCCAGUCGAUGGUCAAGUGAGACCCGGACGAUUCACAAACUGUGCUCUGUGAAAGUUCUUUUCACACGGUGAGAAAAUUCUCAGGAAGAAUUUCUCACACGGUAAAAAAAAUUUGGCGCUGUGAAUCACCAGUACUGAGCGUUCCCUAUACGCCAUGCCGUCGUUGAAGCUAUUUGGCGUGACAUUCGAUCGAUCAAACGCCACAUAUAUGCCCGGUGAAAUCGUCAAUGGAAAAAUUAUCCUAGACACAAUAAAAGAGAAGCAAGUUAGAGGAUUAUAUGUUAGUACGAAGGGGAUAUCGUAUGUCCAUUGGUCCGAAAGUGAUUUAUUAGAUGAUUCAAAGUCGCGAACCUAUAGCAAUUCGGAGGAAUACUACCAUUUCAAGUACAACAUAUUUGGUACACAGGAUUGCCAGGCAGGACAUAAAAUCCCCUACGGACAUAACGAGUAUACAUUUAGCUUCCGAUUGCCCAAUGAUAUACCAUGCAGCUUCGAGCAUACGAAUGGCUACAUAAGAUACACGGUAAAAGCCGUGAUCGAUAGACCAUGGAAGUUCGAUCACGAGUGUAAAGCAGCGUUCACCGUAGUUUCGGAUUUAAACUUGAACCUUCAUCGUGAAAAAUGCUUUGGAAUCAACGAUGGAAUAAGGAAAAGUUUCAAACGCUUGUGCUGGUGCGGGCAAGGCUCGAUGGAUUUGCAGAUCACAGUGCCUUCCUCUGGAUACGUACCAGGCCAGACGAUAAAUACAACGCUGAAUUACAUGAAUUACUCGAAUGAACAGAUUACGAAAGUCAGCGUGACAUUAUUACGAAAGCUCCAAUUUUACGCGACAUCGAAGACAUUGAGUAACAUCAAAGUAAUAAAAAAAACGAGCGAUUUUGGACCAUUUCAGAAAAAUGGGCAGAUAACGCCGGAAAUUUUGGUACCACCCAUAGCACCCUCUUAUCUUCAACAUUGUAAAAUAAUAAACUUAAAUUACGAGUUGAUCGUCUCUGUUCACAUUUCGGCAGUGUUUUCUAAAAUUAAGAGAACUUAUCCUCUUCUGAUCGGAACGAUACCAUUAUAUUAUCCGUCUUUGCCAUCUCCGUACAACGUCGUACCCUACUCCUCAAACUCAAAUGUGACAAAACCCGCGAUAAUGCCAGUUCCAAUGACGAUGCCAGAACAAGCAAGUGCAGCAAAUAUUCCGACAGCUCCAACACAAGAUCUAGCUAACAGUUCGUCGUUUAACCUGGAUAUACCACCACCAUCCUACGAAGCAUGUAUGUCUGGAACUCAAAACAUUAGAGAUCACAAUGAGUCGGAUUUCGUAUUAGGUGCGAAUACCUUUUUUGCGCCUAGAUAUCCUGUGUUUAACUAUCCAGCACUAAGUCUAUCCAAAUGAAUGGAAGAUUAUAGCGAGUGGGAGUUGAUUACUAAGUCGUUCGAGACAAAACGAAAUUCACCAACAGGUGAAAAGCUACGUUGAAGAUUCUCUAUAUAUUUUGAUACAAGUUAUUAACCGAUUUUUACUAUUUUAUAUCUACGAUUGUAUACACAUUUGCACUAUGCUUACAAGCAUAUGAAUAUACUUUUCGUGCCAUCGAUUUUCUUUUAUGACUGAACCACGCUUGUUUUAUUAAAAGCGACUAGAUCGAAGAGUUUAAUUUACAAAACGAUUAAUUUAAACGACUAUUAUCGCGAUUCUAAUGCGUAGAAAUUAAGGAUAUAAGGAUCGAUAUCGUUGGACUGAAAUAUAUCGUUGAAGACGAUGGCCAAGGUUGGCUCGGAGGUAUUAGAAUCAUAGUAGGGAGGUCGACAAACGUGCUCCAUUAAUUCCGCUUCCGCUGAAUCCUCUAAUACCCCCGUCAGUACAACGAGAUUAUCUAGCGGGCGAACGAGUGCGAAAAAUAAUGAGGCGAGAGCGAUGCAAAUUGGGGGACAAGCAAACGUAUGAUUAACAUACUGUAAUUGAAAUUGCGGCAGUCGGAUUAAAUACCGAAUGUCCCUAAAAAAUGUGUAUGAUACAAAGACCGCUGAAUCCAUGUUCUAAUUGAUUUCUGUAAAAGUUGAAGAACAAAAGAAUUUUCCGGUAA